AUGUCUGCCCCUGAUGCCCGUGCCUUCCCUCUCGCUGAUGCCGAGUUGACUAACCAGAUCCUCGAUCUUAUCCAGCAAGCUUCUCACCUUCGUCAAUUGAAGAAGGGUGCCAACGAGGCCACCAAGACCUUGAACCGUGGUAUUUCCGAGUUCAUCAUUAUGGCUGCUGAUGCUUCUCCCAUCGAGGUUGUUUUGCACCUUCCUCUCCUUUGCGAGGACAAGAACGUUCCCUACGUCUUUGUUCCCUCUAAGGUUGCUCUCGGCCGCUCCUGCGGUGUCUCCAGACCCGUUAUUGCUGCUUCCGUCACUUCUAACGAUGCCUCCCAGCUUAAGGGCCAAAUCAUCCAGCUUAAGGACAAGAUUGAGAGACUUCUUAUUUAA